AUGGAGGCCUACGUCGACGAGGAGGUCCUGAAGAGGCCGGGAUAUCAUCAAGGCGCUGUGUCUGAGGGCCAUGGUCGCAGGUAUCGGGAGGAUGCUCCACUGUUUGCUAGCAGAUGGGACCGAGAGUGCCGAGAACCCCUGUUCAAGAGCGAGGUGGAGAGUGUCAUGAAACUCAUCGGCACCUUGGAGCUGUCCCAGGUGCAUCCUGGCUUGGCUAGUACUUCUGACGUAGAUAAUCUCGUGUCAUCUAGGGAUGGGCACCCUUACGCCAAGUGA